AGAGAGAGAGAGAGAGAGAGAGAGAGAGAGAGAGAGAGAGAGAGAGAGAGAGAGAGAGAGAGAGAGAUCACAGUUAGUGGCGCUUCGGGAUCUCUGCCAGAUAACACGAACUUCCUUUAAUUUUCGGAGACAUGGAUGUCAUUAUAAAUGCGGCGCGGCACACCUCGAACUCAUGACCGUGCUCUAGACUUCUAGACUCACUUCUCCAGGACUUCGUGAAGAGCGUUAUAUAAGGCUCCCGCAGAGAUGAGGCGCAUCGCAGGAAUGGCGCUGGCGCUGCUCGUUCUGGGGGUUCGCGGGGAAAACAUCGGCGACGGCUAUUGUGUGGAUGGGAAAUGCUUCGUCGUCCACGCAGACAGUGCGAGUUUCGACGAUGCCCGGGUCGUCUGCGAGGAGAAAGGAGGACAUCUGAUGACCGUGCGCACUGACAAAGCGGCAGACGUUCUCGGCGGCUUGUUACAAGGCGCUUCUGGAGACAUUUGGCUUGGGCUGAGACGCGCCGGCGAUCGGUGUUCGGACUCAAACGAUCGGUUGAAGGGAUACCGAUGGGUCACCGGAGACGGCGAAACCCAAUACGUCAACUGGAAAAGCAACCUGGGCGUUUGUUCUCCGCUAUGCGUUUCGGUGUCGCAAAAAGUUCCCAAAUGGACCGAAAGACCAUGCGAUGACAGAAUCGAGGGUUACUUAUGCGAAUACGAUAACCCCGGUUACUGUCCGCCGCUUAGUACCAAUGCACCGGUCUCUUAUCAAACCGGUUUCGGAUUUGCAGCGAAGGAAGAACUCAAAGAGAUCCCUCAGCUCACCAACGGGACAUUGCACCCGCUGAGAACGAGGCACAUUUGCUUCGAAGGCCAGUGGCUCAAAGCACCCUGGAGCUGUGAGGUUUUUGGCGGCGGGUGCGAUUACAAGUGCACGCAGAAAGAGCGGGGGCACGUCUGCGUCUGUCCGCCGGGAUUCGAGCUCGACAGAAACGAAGUCUCGUGCGCCGGACAGAGCGGCGGCCCGUGCGCGGGAUGCGAGCGCGAGUGCGCGCGGGGCGCCGCCGGCGGGUCCUGCGAGGAAUGCGGACCCGGCUUUCACGUUGAAGGUGGCGUUUGCGUCGAUGACGACGAGUGCGAGUCUGGACCGUGCGAGCACGAGUGCGUGAACACCGAAGGUAGCUACCGCUGUCAGUGCUUCGAGGGCUUCGUCCAGUCGACGGAGGACACGCACACAUGUAAAAUGCACUGCGAAGAAACGAGCUGCCCGGCUGAAUGCGACCCCAACAACAACGCCCAGUGCAACUGCCCCGAAGGUUACCUACUCGAAGGCCAAAACUGCAUUGACAUAGAUGAAUGCGAUAGUGGCUACUGCGACCAUGCCUGUGAAAAUACACCCGGAGGAUUUAUAUGCUCUUGCAAUGAAGGAUACGAGCUUAAAGACGGCAUCAAAUGCAUCACAGAAGACGUUGAGGGCUCGGGCAGCCCAACGCCUUUUGAUAUUUUGAUUCCAACGAGCAAAACCCCGACCGACAAGCCGGUGUCCAUCUCAGCUGGCAGCCUUUUGGGAAUAAUGGUUUGCAUUGUCGCUUGCAUUCUUUUACUGGUCUGCGUCGCCCACUGCAUAGUGAGACGGCUUAAUAAAAUGCACCACUACGAGGUGGACAAAGGCCACGGUGAAAUCUGCGCUUUCCAACAGGUGAUCAUUGAACAACACUGCGCACAACAGACAUUCCCAAGUAGAUAUAUAAAAAGAGACGCUUAAAGGCGGGACGCCAAGCGAAACGAUAUGUAAAUAGCACGCAAGAGUAAAUCUAUUGGAUUUUGUAUGUAAACGCAGGCUAAACAGGCCUGGGCAGUGAAACCCACCUUGCACACGUCUCAAGACAUGAAUGUCAUUAUUGUUGAAUGUUGCUGUUGGAAGAUAAUAAAUACUAUAUUUUAAUAUAA